AACUCAAAGAAGCAGUUGCUCGCCGGGUACGCUCUCAUUUUUUUGUUCAACUUUGGCUUGUCUAACCAUCCAAGAUGGCGGCACUGGUGGGCCUGCGUGCAUGUUUCUCCGCCCUACAGCUCACUUCACCGAGCCUCCUGCACAGCUCCUUCAGAUUAUGCGCUGUGCCUCUGAGUCGGCGGACCUUUGCUGCAGAAGCGAAGAAGACAUACAGCAGAGAGAAGCCCCAUGUGAACAUUGGAACAAUUGGCCAUGUUGAUCAUGGAAAGACAACGCUGACUGCAGCCAUCACUAAAGUGCUAUCCGAAGCUGGUGGCGCAAAUUAUAAAAAGUAUGAGGACAUUGACAAUGCCCCUGAGGAGAAGGCAAGAGGAAUCACCAUCAACGCCUCUCAUGUAGAAUACACCACAGCCAACAGACAUUAUGCUCACACAGACUGUCCUGGGCAUGCUGACUAUGUCAAGAACAUGAUUACAGGCACAGCUCAGAUGGACGGUUGCAUCCUGGUGGUGGCAGCCACUGAUGGCCAGAUGCCUCAGACAAGAGAGCAUCUCCUGUUGGCCAGACAGAUCGGUGUGGAGCAUGUGGUAGUUUUCAUCAACAAGGCCGACGCUGUGGAGGACAAGGAGAUGGUGGAGCUGGUGGAGAUCGAGAUCCGUGAGCUGCUUACUGAGUACGGCUAUGAUGGCGAGAACACACCUGUUGUGAUAGGCUCAGCCCUCUGUGCCCUGGAGAGCAGAGAACCCGAGCUUGGUGUGAAUGCAGUGAUGAAAUUGCUGGAGAUUGUGGAUUCUUAUGUUCCUCUGCCCAAGAGAGAGCUGGAAAAACCUUUCUUGCUGCCCAUCGAAGGGGUUUAUUCCAUCCCAGGCAGGGGCACGGUGGUGUCAGGCACUUUGGAGAAGGGCAUCAUCAAGAAAGGAGACGAGGCUGAGCUUGUGGGCCACAAUCGCUGCCUCAAAUCAGUGGUUACAGGUAUUGAGAUGUUCCACAAGUCUCUGGAUCGGGCAGAGGCAGGAGAUAAUCUGGGCGCUCUGGUCCGAGGUCUGAAGAGGGAGGAUGUGAGGAGAGGGAUGGUGAUGUGCAAACCAGGAUCCAUCAAGCCACACCUGAAAGUUCAGGCCCAGGUGUAUGUUCUGAGUAAGGAAGAGGGAGGACGACACAAACCGUUUGUCUCCAACUUCAUGCCCGUCAUGUUCUCUCUGACUUGGGACAUGACUUGCAGAAUCACUCUGCCUGCUGACAAGGAAAUGGUUAUGCCGGGAGAGGACACCUCCUUGACGCUCACGCUACGCCAGCCGAUGGUUCUUGAAAAAGGCCAAAGGUUCACUCUGAGAGAUGGAAACAAAACCAUUGGCACUGGCCUGGUCACAGACAUCCUGACAGCUACAGAUGACGAAAAGCCAAACUGAGGCUGAAGAGAAACUGCAGAGAUGGGUGGGGGGGGGUUCAGGGUGGCAGGGCAUGUGGGUGUCUGUGGCUUGUCAAAUCAAAUGAUUACAGAAACAAGUGAAAUAAACAAAUACUCAUGUACAAACCUCAAACACGAGAAGACUCAAACGAAUGCAUGGCUCUCUUGUGCAGUUCAACCAACCCAAAAAAACUUACAUUCAGCACUGUCUAUGUGUUUAGACCAGACUGUCAAAAUUGCUUCAUUCAUGUAAUAAAAUGUAUUUAAUAUAA